CUUGUCUGCUUAGAUUUGAUAGGGAAGCGGAGAGGUGAAAUAUACUGCCAAGUUUACACCUUCACUAUUACAGUGAAACAUUUUGUCCAGGAAGCUCUCUCUCUCUCUCAUUACAGGAGAUACACUCUUAUCUCUCUGUGUAUAUACAUCUCUCUCUUUCUGUCUUUCUUUCCCUCUCAUCCAUGCUGUCUUCCUUUAUUUGCUUUCUCCCUAUCUCCACUUCCUCUCUCCUUUUCUCUAGUUCAGUCUAUCUUCCUACACUGUCUCUCUGAACUCUCACUGGAAAGGGCAGUGAGAGUUCUGAUCAGUGUGCGGCUGUGUGGCCAUGUGUGUGUGUGUGUUAACAAUAACAACAACAGUAACAAUAACCCCUUCCCUUACCUCAUCUCCCCCUCUCCUCUCCUGCCUCUUCUUCCCUCCUCUUCUUCUCCUCCACUCUCCCCCUCUACUGUCCUCCUUCCAGGCUCUCCCAUGGCCAGCGGUACAGGAACCCUCCAGAUCUAUCUGAUAGAUGUGAAUGACAACGCUCCAUCUCUGCUGCCCCGCGAGUCUCAGAUCUGUGAGCGCAUCAACCGCAAUGCCGGCAUCAACAUCACGGCUGCAGACUCAGACACGGACCCCAACGUAGGACCCUUUGUAUUCGAGCUGCCAACCUUCCCCGCCAGCAUACGACGCAACUGGACUGUGUCACGUCUCAACGGUGACUAUGCCCGGUUGAGUUUGCGGAUCCAGUAUCUGAAGCCUGGGGUGUAUGAGGUGCCUGUGAUUGUGAGCGACUCGGGGAACCCUCCUCUCUCCAACAGGUCCAUUAUAAAGGUCAAGGUGUGUCCGUGUGAUGAGAAUGGAGACUGCACCCUGGUCGGGGCUGUGGCUGCCGCUGGACUGGGGACUGGAGCUAUCAUAGCCAUACUCAUCUGUAUCAUCAUACUACUCAGUAUGGUGCUAGUGUUUGUGGUGUGGAUGAAGCGUAGAGAGAAGGAGAGGCAGACCAAACAGCUGCUGAUCGACCCAGAGGACGAUGUCAGAGAUAACAUUCUGAAAUACGACGAGGAAGGAGGGGGAGAGGAGGACCAGGACUAUGACCUAAGCCAGCUGCAGCAGCCUGACUCUCUGGAGCACAUCAUCAGUAAGCCCCUGGGGGUACGGAGGGUGGACGAGCGCCCCAUCAUCCCUGAGUCCCAGUAUCCCAUCCGACCUGCGGUCCCCCACCCUGGGGAUAUCGGGGACUUCAUCAACGAGGGUUUGCGGGCGGCAGACAACGACCCCACGGCCCCUCCAUAUGACUCCCUCCUGGUGUUUGACUACGAGGGCAGUGGCUCCACGGCCGGAUCCGUCAGCUCCCUCAACUCCUCCAGCACAGGGGACCAGGACUACGACUACCUCAACGACUGGGGCCCCCGCUUUAAAAAGCUGGCCGAUAUGUACGGGGGAGGGGAAGACGACUAGGGCCACAGGGGGCCCAGUCAAAGAUCAACUUCCCCAGUCCACCCUACUCAGCUGGUCUGCCAUGCUCUCUAUGUCUCUACAACCUUGGGAGGGUCCUCAGAUCUCCAACUUUAAUACACACCCCACACACACACCAACCAACUGAACUGACCUAGCAACUGACCAAUCAAUUAAGCAACCGCCAUAGUGGACUGUGCAGCAAGGCAGCUUUGGGUCCUACUGUACUGUACUAAGCCCUCUCCUGCUCCAAGACUGUCUAAGACUGAAACUUAUGCUCUCCAGGUUUUUUGGUAGAUUAUGGGGUUGGUUACCUUUGUUGUGUGUUUUUUUUUAUUAUUAUUUUUUUUUUAUUAUCUCUUGCUGUCUUUACUGUCCUUAAAAACAAGCUAUUUUCUGGUGUUGGGAGGCCAUUGGCUCCCCAUUUCCGCAUCAGCCCUCAGCCGUCCCUUUGCAGAUAGUCCAAGCUGCAUAUUUUGUGACGGGGAAAAAAAGAAAGAGAAACACAGAAUGUCAAUUUUUUCUUCUGCGUGGAAGGCCCUGGUUUAAUCUCUCUGAACUUGAAUUCCAUAGAACAGAAGCACUGUUGUUUAAGAAGUGCCUUCACUGGUGCGUAUUUUGUCUGACUCUCGCUAACUCAGGAUUGGUUCCCAUUUUCUGGGCUAACGUGGGGCACCGCCCCCUUAUAACCCCUCAAAUCUGACCUUCAUGUUCGACUUCCUGUGUGUCAUGUCCAUCACCCUGUCAUGCAACAUGGACAGACACAGGAGAAGUUGCAGAGGGGAUUUGCCUUUGGGGGUGAGGGGGUAUCAGGAGAGGGAGUGCUCUGUACAAAGACACAUUACCAGUCAAAAGUUUGGACCCACCUACUCAUUCAAGGGUUUUUCUUUUGCUAUUUUCUACAUUGUAGAAUAAUAGUGAAGAAAUAAACAAUAUGAAAACACAUAUGGAAUCAUGUAGUAACCAAAAAAGUGCUAAACAAAUCAAAAUAUAUUUUAUCUUUGAGAUU